AACAAUGGGACAGCCCUCCAACUUCGUUCUCACUCGCCAAGAAGCAGAAUCCGCCGGCGUCGUCAACGACCCAAUGAACCUAGUCUCGCUGAUUGACCGUAAGGUAUCACUCGGUUUGGCUCCAAUCUCCGGAUUCAAUGUUGGAGCCGUUGGACUCGGAUCAUCUGGUGUGGUCUACUUAGGCGUCAACAUCGAACUCCCUGGUCUUCCUCUUCACCACUCCAUCCACGCCGAGCAAUUCCUCGUCACCAACCUCGUUCUCAACUCCGAGCGACAGCUCACUCGCUUAGCCGUCUCCUCCGACGGCUCCGUCUUCGACGCUCCGUGUGGUCACUGCCGCCAGUUUCUUCAAGAAAUACGCGAGGCGCCAAAGAUCAGAAUCUUGAUCAAGAAUCCAACAAAGAACAAGAACGAAUACGUGAAUCUCGAUAGCCUCCUUCCACGUCCGGACACUAAUCUCCUCCCGGAAGAGUUACCUCUCCUACUCCAGGCGCGACAUAACGGCCUCGCUUUCUUGGAUCCCGUAGUUUCCGCCGGAGAGACCGAUCUGAAAAGCAUGGCUCUAGCGGCGGCGAACAAAUCGUUUGCUCCCUACAGCAUGUGUCCGUCGGGAGUUGCGCUGAGGGGUCGCGAUGGGAAAGUGUACAGAGGAUGGUACAUGGAAUCGGUUGCGUAUAACCCAAGUUUAGGGCCUGUACAAGCGGUCUUGGUUGAUUACGUGGCUAACGGAGGUAAAGAGUUUGAUAAUAUCGUCGAAGCUGUGCUGGUGGAGAAGAAAGAUGCCAUGGUGAGUCAAGAGGACACAUCAAGGAUGAUUUUAGAGAAGAUAUCCAGCCGCGACUUCGUUUUCAAGGUUUUCCAUUGCAGCGAGCUGGCUAAGCCCUAAGAAUUAUAUGUGAGAACUGAAACGAGAUUUGAAAAGUUAAUGCGUGUUUAUAAAAAUGGUGAUAAAGAGUAUGAAAA